AGAAGAAGAGUAGGGUUUCUGCUUUGUAUAUUUAGCCGAAGCAUAAACAAUUGGUCGCUUCUCGCCUCCAUUUGUGUAAUCUCACUUCUUGGCGGGAAGUGGAAGUUUCUCCGAGUCAUGGUUCACGUCAAUUUCUACCGGAACUAUGGGAAGACCUUUAAGAAACCUAGGCGUCCAUAUGAGAAGGAGCGAUUAGAUGCAGAGCUGAAGCUUGUUGGAGAGUACGGCCUCCGUUGCAAGAGGGAGCUGUGGAGGGUCCAGUAUGCACUGAGUCGGAUUCGCAAUAAUGCGAGGAUGCUUCUAACUCUUGACGAGAAGAAUCCUCGCAGGAUCUUUGAGGGUGAAGCACUUUUAAGGAGGAUGAAUAAGUACGGUCUUUUGGAUGAAAGCCAGAGCAAGCUGGAUUAUGUAUUGGCUCUGACUGUGGAGAACUUCCUUGAGCGCCGCCUUCAAACGCUUGUUUUCAAGGCUGGUAUGGCAAAGUCAAUUCACCAUGCUCGUGUGCUGAUCAGACAAAGGCAUAUCAGGGUUGGACGGCAGGUUGUGAACAUAGCCUCUUUCAUGGUGAGGGUGGAUUCACAGAAGCACAUUGAUUUCUCCCUUACUAGUCCUUUUGGCGGUGGACUGCCUGGAAGAGUGAAGCGAAAGAACCAAAAGGCAGCUGCUAAGAAAGCUUCAGGUGGUGGUGGAGGAGAUGAAGAAGAUGAAGAUUGAGUGAGUGAGACAAUAUCUAUCCAUCUAUCUAUUUAUUUGCUGCAUUUGUUAUUUCUUUCUUUCAGUCUAACAAUCAUGUUGAGAAGAAGAUGUUUAUGAAUUCAUCUGUUCUGCUUACAACCCUCAUCUUUUAUUUAUUUUAAAAUUGGUGGAAAUUUAUGGGGGACCAUUUUCCUC